UCCCGUCUCUCUCGGUAAUCCGGUCUCUCUGCAGUCAUCAUGGCGGAAAUCAAGACGGGGAUCUUCGCGAAGAACGUGCAGAAACGGCUGAACCGCGCGCAGGAGAAGGUGCUGCAGAAACUGGGGAAGGCAGACGAGACCAAAGAUGAGCAGUUUGAGCAGGUGGUCGUCAACUUCAGGAGGCAGGAGUCUGAAGGCUCUCGGCUGCAGAGGGAGAUGAAGGCCUACAUGGCGGCCAUUAAAGGGAUGCAGCAGGCCUCCAUCAACCUGACGCAGUCUCUGCACGAAGUCUACGAGCCCGACUGGCACGGCAAAGAUGACGUCAUGGUCAUCGGGAAGGACUGCGAUGCCAUGUGGGAGGAUUUCCAUAACAAGCUGGUGGACUCAACGCUUUUGAACCUGGAUGAGUAUCUUGUGCAGUUCCCAGACCUCAGAACUCGCGUGGCCAAGAGAAGCCGGAAACUGAUCGACUAUGACAGCGCCCGACACCAUGUGGAGACCCUGGCGCUGUCCGGGAUGAAGAGUGACCGGAAGAUGAUAAAGGCGGACGACGAGCUGAAGAAGGCUCAGAAGGUGUUCGAUGAGCUGGACGUUGGUCUGCAGGACGAGCUGCCCUCUCUGUGGGACAGCCGGGUGGGAUUCUACAUCAGCACCUUCAAGAGUGUCACUAACCUGGAAGCCAAGUUCCACCGCGAGAUCUCUCUGGUGUGCCGGCAGCUGUACGAGGUGAUGACGCAGCUGGCCGAGCAGCACUCUGACAAGAUGUUCACCAUCCAAGGAGCCCCCAGCGACUCAGGACCGCUGAGACUCGCCAGAACCCCUUCACCUCCAGAGGACGAGAGCCCGCCGGAGAGCCCCGACGUCAGCUCCAACCACAUGCUGCGCCCUGUUUCCCCUGGACCCCCACGGCCCAAAUCCCCCAUACAGCUGAGAAAGGGUCCGCCGGUGCCCCCACAACCGAAGGCCACACCGACCAAGGAAGUGGCAGAGGAGCAGAUCAUCGACCUGUUUGGAGGGGAGUUCUUACCGGCACCGACACCGUCGCAGCCCAACGAACGACCAGGAGAAUCUCUCCUCGACCUGGACUUUGAUGCUUUUGAGCCAGAUGAGAGUGUUUCUCCAAUCCCACAGACCGCAGUGCCCUGGGACAUGUGGUCGGGAGAAGCCCAAAAAGCUGAGUCUGGGGCAGACACUGGCUUCGUCGCCGACUGGUCCGCUGACUUUGGUUCUGCAAAUGGAGAUGCUGCUCAAGGGCCCAAGGCGCCUGAUGUAGGUCCGGAGGGGGGGCUAGACACAGCUACACCUCCUCAGGACGGGGGGGCAGCCACAGCUACACCUCCUCAGGACGGGGGGGCAGCCACAGCUGGAGAUGAGAAUGCCACCGCCCCGUCAUUCUUCGCUGAAUUUGAUAAGAUGAAUGAAGUUACAGCAGAAUCAGCUGAGGGUCCGGAAGCAACAGGGACAGAACCUGCUCAGGAACAAGACAAGUAUCCAGCUCCACCUGCAACUGCAGCUCCCCCUGCUGGAGAGAAGGUGGAGGAACCUGCAGCUCCCCCUGCUGGAGAGAAGGUGGAGGAACCUGCAGCUCCCUCUGCUGGAGAGAAGGUGGAGGAACCUGCAGCUCCCCCUGCUGGAGAGAAGGUGGAGGAACCUGCAGCUCCCCCUGCUGGAGAGAAGGUGGAGGAACCUGCAGCUCCCCCUGCUGGAGAGAGGGUGGAGGAACCUGCAGCUCCCCCUGCUGGAAAGAAGGUGGAGGAACCUGCAUCUCCCCCUGCUGGAGAGAAGGUGGAGGAACCUGCAUCUCCCCCUGCUGGAGAGAAGGUGGAGGAACCUGCAUCUCCCCCUGCUGGAGAGAAGGUGGAGGAACCUGCAGCUCCCCCUGCUGGAGAGAAGGUGGAGGAACCUGCAGCUCCCCCUGCUGGAGAGAGGGUGGAGGAACCUGCAGCUCCCUCUGCUGGAGAGAAAGUGGAGGAACCUGCAUCUCCCCCUGCUGGAGAAGAGGUGGAGGAACCUGCAGCUCCCCCUGCUGAUGGGGAGGAUAAAGCUGAUCGUUUUGGCAGCCCAAAGGAGGAGAAACCUGAUUCCACUGCCGGAUCUCCAAGCUCUGAGAAGGCAGCCCUUGAAGAGAUCGCUCCUGCUGAGGAAGUCAAAACCCCCACCUCGGAAAAAAUGCCGAUCCCCUCUGUGGUGAUCGAGCCCGCCUCGAGUAACGAAGGGGAUGAUGACCGUGAUGCAGACAUAAUUUCUCCCACCGCCAUCGGGGACAGCGACAUGACGGCAGAGACCCAGACCAUUAAACACAUGAGUCCGUCCGGCGGCGUGUCGGGGCUCCCGGAUGACUUCCUCUAUAAGGUGGAGACCAUGCACGACUUUGAAGCUGCAAAUUCAGACGAGCUGGAGCUGAAGAGAGGUGAUGUGGCGCUGGUGGUUCCCACCGCUUCAGUAGAGGAUCAGGAUGCCGGCUGGCUCACUGGGAUCAGAGAAAGUGACUGGUUAACACUUGGUGCCAGUGCUCACAAAGGACUUUUCCCAGAAAACUUUAUUCAGCGCUUGGAGUAAGAAGUAUUUCAGCCGGGUAAAAUAUGAGGUUUGAGACACCGGUGGCCAAGCCGUCCAGUCAGCAUGUAGCCAACCCCGAAACCCCCGAUAACCUGCUGCAGACGUCUGCUGGACCACACAAGGCUUUCUCUGGUUCAUGAAGCUCUACUCAAACUUAAAUCCUUGUUAAUAAAAGUAGCAUUAUUCCCAGCAAAGUGAAAUUAAUAAGCAUGAUAUCAGAGUAUGAUCAACCCUUCUCUGAGACUGAAAUGAUUUUUUUGUUGAAUGAAAUAAGUUGUUUUAAUUUAUUGGGAAUGAUGCAAUUCGUAAAUGUUCAUGCCAACAGAAGGAAAGUAGUUUGAACUAAAUACACUAACCUGCCCCUUCUUGACAACGAGUGUGUUGUACUGGUUCUGUUGCUGUGUACAGGGUUCUGUAGUGCUGUGUGAUCUAUUGAACUGUUCUGUAACAUGAAACUCUUUAGCGUGUUGUUUCUCUUCAACACGUCAUCACUGUUAUCACUGUGUGUGUGUUUCUGUAAAACAUGGCCAAGCUUUCAUUUGGCAUAUGUUGUGAUGAGUUUAGCCAGAGUGUUGUGUUUUGUCCAAAAGAGUGUGACAUUUAUUAUCUGAGCAUUGGCAAACAACCAGUGCAAAUCCAGCAUUAAAAUCUAAUAUUUUAUUACAGUUAGUAUUGUAAGAUAGAAAUAUUAUAGAAAAUAGAGAGACCAUAGAAUUGGAGAGUUCAUGUAAAUCCAAAUGUAGAGCUAUAAGUCAUAUGUAUAUCGAAAAUUAUAGAAUAGUAAGAAAGAAAUCCAACAGAAGCUUUUUAUUGGUCUACGAUCACAGGGAAUCUAUUAACAAAUGUAUUAUGCAAUCUAUGUUGUUGGUAUAUUCCAACGGUUCUGUAGAUCAACAAAUAUGAUGUCACUUCCUUUUUAAACUUAAAUGUCUACCAUUUUGUGAUGUACAUACAGUAAAUAUUUAUGUCAAGAUCAAUAAAUAAAAGUUCAU